UCUGAAAGGAGCGAGCCAGCGACAAUUGCAGGUGUUAACAAAAAGGUUCGUGAUCAUAUUGACCAGCAAAGCGAGUUCAACAAUAGGAUCAAGAAGCAACUCGAAAAACUUGAAAACGUGUUAGGUUUGCAAACAGACAGUGCCAUCCACCAAGCGGAACAAAGCAAAAUAGUGGCCGAAAGGAUGGACCGCAUAGAAAUAACAAUGUACGAGAUAAAGACGAGUCUCAAAGCGAUCCAACCAAGAAACCAACCUGGUUAG